UCCGCGGAACCCGACAGCGCGGCAAGAGCCGGACGCCGAGCGUCUGCUACUGUUGUCGCAGCCAUGAGUCGUACUUACAACGAUGAGUUACAGUUCCUGGAAAAGAUCAAUAAAAACUGCUGGAGAAUCAAGAAGGGCUUCGUGCCCAACAUGCAGGUUGAAGGAGUUUUCUAUGUGAAUGAUGCUCUGGAGAAAUUAAUGUUUGAGGAAUUAAGGAAUGCCUGUCGAGGUGGUGGUGUUGGUGGCUUCUUGCCAGCCAUGAAACAGAUUGGCAACGUGGCAGCCUUGCCUGGAAUUGUUCAUCGAUCUAUUGGGCUUCCUGAUGUCCAUUCAGGCUAUGGGUUUGCUAUUGGGAAUAUGGCUGCCUUUGAUAUGAAUGAUCCUGAAGCGGUGGUAUCCCCAGGUGGUGUCGGAUUUGACAUCAACUGUGGUGUGCGCUUGCUGAGAACCAAUUUGGAUGAGAGUGAUGUCCAGCCUGUGAAAGAGCAACUCGCCCAAGCUAUGUUUGACCACAUUCCUGUUGGGGUGGGAUCAAAAGGUGUGAUCCCAAUGAAUGCCAAAGACUUGGAGGAGGCCUUGGAGAUGGGCGUGGACUGGUCCCUAAGGGAAGGCUAUGCCUGGGCUGAAGACAAGGAGCACUGUGAGGAGUAUGGAAGGAUGCUGCAAGCUGACCCCAACAAGGUCUCUGCAAGGGCCAAGAAAAGAGGCCUUCCUCAGUUGGGGACCCUAGGAGCAGGCAACCACUAUGCAGAAAUCCAGGUUGUAGAUGAGAUUUUCAAUGAGUAUGCUGCUAAGAAAAUGGGCAUCGACCAUAAGGGACAAGUGUGUGUAAUGAUCCACAGUGGAAGCAGAGGCUUGGGCCACCAAGUAGCCACAGAUGCACUGGUAGCUAUGGAAAAGGCCAUGAAGAGAGACAAGAUCAUAGUCAAUGACCGUCAGUUGGCUUGUGCUCGAAUUGCUUCUGCAGAGGGUCAAGACUACCUAAAGGGAAUGGCAGCAGCUGGGAACUAUGCCUGGGUCAACCGCUCGUCUAUGACCUUCUUAACGCGUCAGGCUUUUGCCAAGGUCUUCAACACAACCCCUGACGACUUGGACCUGCAUGUUAUCUAUGAUGUUUCUCACAAUAUUGCCAAAGUAGAGCAGCAUGUGGUGGAUGGAAAGGAACGGACACUGUUGGUGCACAGGAAGGGAUCCACCCGUGCUUUCCCUCCUCACCACCCCCUCAUUGCUGUUGAUUACCAACUCACUGGACAGCCAGUACUUAUUGGUGGCACCAUGGGAACUUGUAGUUAUGUUCUUACUGGCACUGAACAGGGCAUGACUGAGACCUUUGGAACAACCUGUCAUGGAGCGGGCCGUGCAUUGUCCCGAGCAAAAUCUCGGCGUAAUUUAGAUUUCCAGGAUGUUUUAGACAAAUUGGCAGAUAUGGGAAUUGCAAUCCGUGUUGCCUCACCCAAACUGGUUAUGGAAGAGGCUCCUGAGUCCUAUAAGAACGUUACAGAUGUGGUAAAUACCUGCCAUGAUGCUGGAAUCAGCAAGAAGGCCAUUAAACUGAGACCCAUUGCUGUUAUCAAAGGGUAGAACCUUGAUGGGAGCCUCUGGACGCCACUGACCCUCAGUGAAGUGGCUGUGGACUGCAACACUCUUCAGACGUCAGACUUGAGACUUGGCAAGUUCAAAGUGUGCUGCUGAAACUGUCCAUACCAAAAUGGCUGCUGACCCCAGAGCCAGUGUUGUGAAAUAACUUUCCAGAGGGGGGACCAUCUGGAAAGGUUGAAAGUGCUUCCUCCUCAGUAGUCCCAUAGACUUUUAGGAAAAUCUUUUAGGGGGAGGUAUCAAGAAACUCCCUUUAAUCAUCAGAAUGAACUAACUCCUUCACACCAGAUUCUGUUUACAUCCUAAUAGGUGUAAUGUAGAACAUUCUAUUAAAUAUAAUUUUGGAAUGUUCUCUUUUUUCCCCUCACUUUGUUCAUUCAUUGACUCAUCUACCAACCACCCCUGCACUAAACAAAAUCUAAAUAUCCCUCUUACCUGCAGAACACCCGGGGCUUGUAGUUAGGACACUGGAUGAUUAAAUAAUGAAACAUGUUGAGGAGGGCAUGUGUGGAAGUGUAGGAAUAGAGCCCAAAAGAGAAAAUAAUUUUUAAAAGCCUUACAAUUGCAUACUAAAGACAGAGUUGCCUGCAGCAUCGUACCUGUUAUCUGACUUAAAUUAGGUCCAACCUGGCAAACUUUUUUUUCUUUUAAGUAAUGCAAUUGCAUAGCAGCAGCAAAAAAAUAAAACUGAAAACCUUUACAUUUCUUUAUAAUACUUAAUUUUUACAUUUCAUGGUUGAAUUAUUAUAAAAGCAUUAAGUGGCCAGCUGCAACAUUCACAGUUGCUCUUUGUUGAUGGUCUUAUGUCACCUAAUUGGAUUUUACAUUAUGUAUGGUGAUGUCUCAAAGAUGUUAAAGGACCAUCAUUAUAGGUUACUAAGACCUUGCUUGAGUCCAAACAUAAAAUAGAAAAAUCUAAUAAAGUUGCAAUAUGUUGUUUA